UUGUUUUUGUUGAUCCACAACAGCACUUCUCGAAAGCAUGGCCAUUCCCAUUGCCAUCCUGGACUGUGACCUCCUCUUACAUGGUCGGGGACACAAGACCCUGGACCGCUUCGAUCUGGACUCGGUGUCCGAUGAGUUCCUCCUCACUCAGUUUGGCUUUCCUCGAGAGUUUAUUCUCUACCUGGUGGAGCUACUCAGAGAGGCUCUGUGUCGACGGACCCAGCGGUCCAGAGCCAUCAGUCCUGAAGUUCAGGUGUUGGCCGCGUUGGGCUUCUACACAUCCGGGUCGUUCCAGACCUCAAUGGGGGACACGAUCGGGAUCAGCCAGGCGUCCAUGUCGAGAUGUGUGUCCAAUGUGACAAGAGCGCUGGUGGAAAAAGCUCCACAGUUCAUCACUUUCAACAGGGAUCCCUCCUACAAGGAGGAGUCCUCUCUGGAGUUUCAGAGAGUUGCAGGAUUUCCACAGGUUCUGGGGGUGUUGGACUGUGUUCAGGUUGCCAUCAAAGCUCCGAACAGCGAAGACUCGUCGUAUGUGAACACGAGGGGCUUUCACUCCGUGGCCUGCCAGCUGGUCUGUGACGCCAGAGGCUUGUUGCUGAGCGCGGAAACGCACUGGCCGGGCGGGCUCCAGGACACCGUCGUUCUGGAACGAUCUGCUCUGUACGAACAGCUGCAGGACACCACGGAGGGCUGGCUGCUGGGCGACGGCCGUUACCCUUUAAAGAGGUGGCUGAUGACGCCGGUGGACUCCCCGGAGUCUCCUGCGGAGCUCCAGUAUAACCUGGCCCACACCGUCACGCAUGAGAUCGUCGACAGGACCUUCCGAGCCAUCCAGACCAGAUUCAGAUGUUUAGACAGCAGCAAAGGAUACCUGCAGUAUUCUCCAGAGAGGAGUUCGUCCAUCCUGCUGGCGUGCUGCGUCCUCCACAACGCCUCGCUGCAGCUGGGGUUAGACGCCUGGACUCUGGAGAGGACGGAGCCCCUCGUGCAGCCCAAGAGCCUCAACCAGAGACCCGAGGACCGCGACAGCCAGGCCGAGGAGCUCCGGCGGCAGCUGAUACUCAAACACUUCAGCUGAACCCGAGCGUCGGCGCGGGAAUCCUUCCGGAGUCCCGUCUGAAGCAAGAGAAACCCUCGGACACUCUGGUGCUGAUGCAGUUUUUUAAUAUUUUGCUGGUUUCUACUCUACGGACUAUACUACGGUAACAUAGUUAUAUAUGGAGUAACAUGCAAGACGCUAUACAACAACAAACCCAGACAACAUCACGUCCCAACACACUUCAAAUGACUCGACUCCCAGGACAGAGCUUCAUUAUUCCCUCAGAACAUUCAGACAUUAUAUCGAAGCGG